GAAUAGUGGAAAAUAUUUGAUUUCAAUAUCUCCAAACCCACUCAAUUCCUGAAAUUAACCCCAGCAAUCGGCAUUAAAUCAUUGUAUAAAGAAUCGUGGCACACUUCCAAUUUCAUACCUUUCUCUCUCUCUUCGUAUUCCGUACGCGAUGACCUCCCCGUCCGCUUCCUCACGCAAGACAUUGAGCAAGAUCGCGUGCAAUCGGCUGCAGAAAGAGCUAGUGGAGUGGCAGGUGAACCCCCCCGUGGGUUUCAAGCACAAAGUUACUGAUAAUCUUCAAAGAUGGAUCAUUGAUGUCAACGGUGCACCGGGGACGCUCUAUGCGGGCGAGACCUACCAGCUUCAGGUUGAUUUCCCGGAGCAUUACCCUAUGGAAGCACCUCAGGUGAUAUUUGUUCCUCCGGCUCCUCUGCAUCCUCACAUAUAUAGCAAUGGCCAUAUAUGCUUAGAUAUUUUGUAUGAUUCAUGGUCUCCAGCUAUGACUGUAAGUUCGAUCUGCAUCAGCAUUCUGUCUAUGUUAUCAAGCUCGACAGCAAAGCAACGGCCAGCCGACAAUGAUCGCUAUGUCAAGAACUGUAAGAACGGAAGAUCUCCCAAGGAGACUAGGUGGUGGUUCCAUGAUGAUAAAGUGUAAUUACUGAAACCAGAGAAACUUGUAAUCCAGCCUUGCUUGCAAGUUAGGUUGGGUGACGAUGAUAUCUUCAUUCCUCUUAAAACCGGGGAACAUACCAACGAAUAUUUCGAAAGAGAAAAAAACCGUCAUUCACUUCGACCGUGUUGAUACUGAGAAACACAUUCUGUAGUUGCUGUCCCAGUGUUAAUGUAUUUACAAUGUCACUCGUAUUUAUUUCAGGUCCGUGUGAAGCCAAAUAUUGCAGUAACUAUCGACUUACUGCACAGGAGGAGGUGUACAUGGCUAGCCUUAAUUUGUUUUCUCUUUCGUACUGCGAUUACGCAUAAUCUAUAGAUUGUGUUAUAUAUGUGCCAAUUUGUGAAGACAAAAGUUACUUGUUUAACGAAUCGAGGAUGUGCCCGGAUUGCAGCUUGACGUGAA